UCUCCAUCUCUCUGUCUCUUCCAUGUUGUUGAGAGCUCCAACUCUCACAUUCUUCAAAUUUCUCCCUUCUCCUCCUCCCUUCUUUUCCUUCUUCCCCUUCUCUAAACCUAAAACCCUAAACCUCUCCUCCCUCCUAUACCCCUCCUCUCUCCUCUACCUCUCCUCCUACCGCGGCGCCGCCAUGUCCGCCCGCCGGACCGUCGCCGAGGCCCUCAUGGACGGCGCCCGCGCCGCCGCCGCCCGGAAGAAGGCCAAGAACGUAGAGCCUCCCACCCCAUCCCCGCCCUCGGACCCCUCCCGCCCUCUUCCGGAGCCCGGCGGCCCCAAGGAACAAUUGGACGAGAAGAAGAAGACCGCCACCCUCGAGCUCCGGAAGAAGUGUUCCGAUUUCAACCCUAGGGCCGCCGCUUACUGGAAGGAUGGCGAGCCGGUCCCCUUCUCGUUUCUUGUCCGUGCCUGGGAGCUGAUCGGAAAAGAGUCCGGCCGGAUUGCCAUGACGGAGAUCCUUUGCAAUGCCUUCCGGACGGUGAUCGCCACCACUCCAGGGGAUCUUCUUGCCGCCGUUUACCUCACGGCAAACAAGAUCGCUCCGCCACAUGAGGGUCUUGAGCUUGGGAUCGGGGAAGCCUCCAUCAUUAAGGCGCUCGCUGAGGCUUAUGGUCGGAAGGAGGAGCAUGUGAAGAAGCAAAACAGCGAAUUGGGUGACUUGGGUCUUGUUGCGAAAGCAAGUCGUUCGACUCAAAAGUUGAUGUUCCAGCCUAAACCUUUGACGAUCGACAAGGUUUUCAAGACACUCCGGGCCAUUGCGAAGGAAUCUGGGGCAAAUAGUCAAGACAAGAAAAAGAAUCAUAUAAAGGGACUUCUGGUUGCGGCAACUGAAUGUGAGCCUCUGUAUAUAACUCGUCUUCUGCAGUCAAAGAUGCGAAUUGGUUUGGCAGAGAAAACUGUCCUUGUAGCUCUUGGACAAGCAGCUGUGUAUUCUGAAACAUGUCCGAGACCACCUUUGCAAACUCAAUCUCCCCUUGAAGAGGCUGCAAAAAUCAUCAAACAAGUAUAUUCGGUACUUCCUAGCUAUGAUAAAAUUGUGCCUACUCUUCUUCAAGUUGGGGUGUGGAAACUUCCAGAGGCAUGCAAUUUUACAUUAGGUGUCCCAGUUGGACCUAUGUUAGCUAAACCAAUGAAGGCUGUGUCUGAGAUCCUUGAUAAAUUCCAAGGAAUGGAGUUUACCUGUGAAUAUAAAUAUGAUGGUGAGCGUGCCCAGAUACAUUUCAUGGAGGAUGGGUCAGUCGAGAUAUACAGUCGUAAUGCGGAACGGAAUACUGGGAAGUUCCCAGAUGUUGUUGAUUCUAUCUCAAGAUUCAAAAAGGAUACUGUGAAAUCAUUUGUGCUGGAUUGUGAAAUUGUUGCUUAUGACCAUGAGAAGCAGAAAAUCUUACCUUUUCAGGUGCUCAGCACUCGUGCUCGUAAGGGUGUGAUCAUAAGUGACAUAAAAGUCAGAGUGUGCACCUUUGGCUUUGAUAUUCUGUAUAUCAAUGGCCAACCUCUUCUUCCAGAGCAACUCAAAGUUCGUAGACAGCAUCUUUAUAGUUCUUUUGAGGAAGUGCCAGGAGUAUUCCAGUUUGCAACUGCAAUUACAACAAAUGAUGUCGAGGAAAUACAAAAAUUCCUUGAGGCGGCCUUGAACACCAGUUGUGAAGGAUUGAUUAUCAAGACGUUGGAUAAAGAUGCCACAUAUGAGCCCUCGAAGCGGUCAAACAACUGGCUGAAGCUGAAGAAAGACUACAUGGACAGCAUUGGUGACUCACUAGAUUUGGUGCCUAUUGCGGCAUUCCAUGGUCGUGGAAAACGUACAGGGGUUUAUGGUUCGUUUCUUCUUGCUUGCUAUGAUGAACACAAUGAAGAAUAUCAAACCAUUUGUAACAUAGGUACGGGAUUUUCUGAGUCACAGCUUGAAGAAUGUUCUGCAAGCCUUCGCAGUAAAGUGAUUCCUUUGCCAAAGCCUUAUUAUCAGUAUGCUGAUACAGUGAAUCCAGAUGUAUGGUUUGAACCAGCAGAGGUUUGGGAGGUGAAGGCAGCAGAUUUGAGCAUCAGCCCUGUUCAUCGUGCUGCUAGUGGCAUAGUGGAUCCAAAUAAGGGUAUUUCGCUUCGAUUUCCUCGUUUGUUACGUGUUCGUGAUGACAAAAGCCCUGAACAAGCGACAACAUCCGAUCAGGUUGCUGACAUGUAUCGUGCUCAAAAGAUUAGCCAUGCUAACAAUCAAGAGGAAGAGGAUGAUGACUAAUCAAUGUUUAGAGUUUGAUGGUUCAAGGAUCAUUGUACUGGCUUGCACAAGAAUGCAGUAUAUCAGCUGAAUUGUUCAAUUGGUUCUUCAUUCGAACAUUGUCAAAAUUGCUUCUCAAUUUAAGUAGCCUUUAGAAAGAUCCUUCAACCUGUAGUCUAACUGCAUGAUUUGGAAGUCAGCACUCUGCACAAGCAAGUCAAGGCACAGGUCUUCAUUGAUCAAAACUGCAGGAUCUGAUCCUAGCUAUUUCCAGAAGGGAGUACAGGUCUGAUUGUGGGGGAUAUUGUUUCCCCACCUGUGUAUGUAAAUCUAUGUUAGCAUAUAUAUAUUUUCAACUGGAGAAUGUCUAUCUGAAAUAUGUAUUUGCCUGAUGACAAAAGGGACCCACUCUUGACAUCAUUUCUGCAUUCUAAGGUCUCUUUUUAAGAACA